AUGGACGGCACGCUGAGCCUUUAUCGUCCGGCAAAGCGCACCAAGCGCGAUGCAUCAUGGGACGUCGACAACACCAUCCACCAAUCGUCCGAAAACGGGCGGCAGCAUGCAAAAUCGCUGCCCUCGUCGUCUUGUCCCGAUUUUGCCCAGGGUUCGACUGCCUUGCAUGCCCACGACCCUCGGCAGGAACAUCACCAACAGGAGCCUCGAUAUCAGCAGGGACCCGAGCAUGCCGGCGUGCUUGUCAUGGCUUCAACGCCGACCCCUGAAAGCCAGAACCGCUCCUGGCUCCUGGCCCGGUCCGGCAUGCAUCAUGACUCGUGGAUGUGGCCUGCCUCACCUCAAAUGCCUCCGCAUCCGCCCAUUGUUCUCACCCUGCAGCCAUCACUACCAGCUGACGGCCUUCCCGUUGGUGUCAGCGCCGACGUGCCCGAAUCCACAGUGUUACCGCCAUCCAGUUCUCAGGCGCCGUCCUUGCCUCACUCUGGAGUCACCGCCGUCGACGUAGAUCCCUCUGCGAGCCCGUCUUCUGGCAGCCUGAUAUAUCCUCAUUCGCAGAAACAUCCACAUCAUCUGCUGGAAGAGACUGACAUCUUCGGUGCCAACGAUUUCCACCGGUUUCCCACCACCCAUCAACCUCCUCGAUGGCCUGCUGGUCGGAACAUUCUCCUCAGUCCCUUCAAAGACUGUGUGGGCAACUUUGGCCAGAAUCACAACCAUCGAUUCAACCGUCCGUCCGAUGGUAAAGUUAAUGGUUACAUCAAGUUCAAUUGGCCCAAACAAAGGCCCUCCGCCCCCCCAUCAUUGGACCGCCCUUUGCCGGGCGCAAUCUCCUCGGAUGGCGUGAAAUCGGCGGUGCCAUUUUUCAAGCCGCGCACACGGUCAAAAUUCAUGACCAAAUUUGAGUUCAACUUAAACAACUCGUCAACCGCAACCUCGUCAACCGCAACCAAGAUGAUUGCCCCUGAUUUUGAGCAUCCCGAUGAGGAUUACACCGCGCUCCUCCACGGCCCAGUUUCCUCUGAGAUUUCUGCUGUCUCUGGAGUGCAGUACGGCCCGGAUUUGCCCGAGGCAAAGCCGAACCAAAUGGUCACGAUUGGUGCUCCCCAGAAAGUACCAGAGCUGUUUGGAUUAGACGCCAAAAUGGAUGCCGUCGAUCGGAGGUUCUGGAUGUUUUACAUUAGAAACUGGUGUCCUGGCAGGAGCGUCCUCGAGGAAACAAACCUCUGGCUCAAAGAUUUUGCUGCCAUGCACAAAAGUGACGGUGUUCGCGCAGCGGUGCAGAGCCUCGCUGGAAUAUACAUAUAUGAUUAUCAGCCCACCGACACGGUUCGGACAAGAGUCAACGAGAGGUUUCACGAAGCCGAAUCACGAUUAACAUGUCUGUUGGAAGACCCGAUGACUGGUCGCGACGAAGCCCAGGCAAAUGAGCUGAUAACCAUUGCAGCAAUACUAUCCAUGCAAGACAUCGUAUUGACCGAGCGCCGAUUGAGAAAACCACAUAACCCUCGCUGGCUGCUAGGGUUCAAGCAAGGGGAAGCGUUUUUGCACGCAACGGAUAAAGGCUUGCGGUUCUGGAACCGGUCCAACGCUCAAAUAUCAUCUCUGCGCGUCUCUCAGUCCAUCAUUGUCGGCCGGGCUGUAAUACUGGCGCAGCCCAUGAUGAUGCUGCCUCCACCGCAUGAAUUCAACCCAGAGCAAGAGGUAUCCCGCUUCGGUUGGCUUCUAUAUGGCACCGAGCAAGACAUGUAUCAGAUCCAUGGGGGCUGUGGUUUUUCCAAAAAGCUCCUCCACAUCAUCAGCCAGAUCACGUAUUGCGCGGCGCGCUUGCAGCAAGACCCGGAGAACAUUAUCGUGCCCAUGACGACGCAAUACCUCCUCGACGAGCUUCUCCAAAUGAGACAGGGUACUUAUGAAGUCAAUCAUUGGGAUAACUCAGAGCCUCCAGAGUCAUUCAUGCUAUGGGGGAGCGCAAAGGCCGGGCCAACUGUUCUGGAAUGGGUGCGAUCGGCCCCCGACGACUAUGAACUAGAGUCGUCCGUAGAGAUGACAUACGUAACAGCGGAAGCUUGGAGAUUGACGGUCAUCAUAUACCUGAAAUGUCGCGUCUUGAGGCUCCCCCGAAACCAUCCGGACGUGGUCGAAAACUUGUCCGACCUGGCAAAAUGCAUUCGGAUAAUGCCCACAUCCGGUUAUAUCUUUACGGCACAGGCGCCCCUGUUCCCGGUAUUUCUUCUGGGCAUGUUGGCAACGAAAUGGGAGCACAAGCAAGUGUCGAAAACAUGGUUUGACGAGGUGAUUUCAACGCCAGUCAGAAGUAGUGUGCCACCGCUCUACGAAGUCCUUGGUCGUAUUUGGCAGUGGAUUGACACCGAAAUAGAUCAGCCGCCCUUGCCCACCAGCGUCGACGCGCAACCCAUCGGCAAGAGGCAUGCUUGGUGGGAACAGCUUGUCGAAAAUGUCAACAACAGGGAAGAUGAGGUGCUCUGCUUGACUUGA